GCUCCUCAUAACCUUUGCAAUAGUGGGGGCGUGGCUGGUAUGCAAGAUCAACAGAACUCCAACAACAAUAGCAGCUCUCUGAUAUCUCUGAGGGAGUGUUCUACUGUCCAUGACUUGUAAUGGAUGCUCCAGUUGAACCAUCACCUCGUUAUGGCCAAUUCUCUGCAGUUGACGGACGCCAUUAUCUGUGGAGGGGGGUUGAUCCAGGACUGGGGUCUAACAUCAUUGCUGUGUAUGAUCCAAGCACUGAGCUGUGGAGCCUCUUGCCCACCACUGGACCUCUACCCCCUGGAGAGGGGGGUGGUUGCUCUGUUUGUGUAGGUCGUUGUCUGUACACCUUUGGUGGUCAUGAUGGGUCUUCUUACGUCAAUGACAUGAGCAAGCUUGAUCUGGACACUCUCCAGUGGACCAAAGUUCAAACCUCUGGUAGUCAGCCUAUGAAAAAGGCUUUCUGUGGACUUGUCCGUGUGAAUGAGAGAACUCUGUGCUGCUUUGGAGGACACGGUAUUGAGGGCACCACACAACCAGGAUCAACAUUCACCAAGACUAGAUUGUCUGAUGGAAGUGCAGGAUGUACAAACGAAUUCCAUUUCUUUGACACACAAAAUGGUGUCUGGUCGUCCCCUGAGCUCAGAGGAGAGAGACCUCCUCCCUGUUCCCACUUCACCUUCACCAUGGUGGACCAGCACAGGGCAGUCCUCUUUGGAGGGAACCAAUCUGGCAGUGGUAGAGUCAAUGAAGUGUACUUGUUUGACUUCAGGACCAUGGAGGUCACUAAGGUGAAGCCAGUACAGGGAGAGCCAUGGCCAGUGGAGAGGUCAGUCCAUGCUGCCUGUUGUCUCAACUAUGGCCAGGACCACCCUCAACUACUGGUGUACGGAGGGCAGGAUAAUGACGUCACGGCUCUGGGGGACAUGUGGACACUUAAUUAGUAAAACCAGUAGGUUUUACAUAGGAUUGGCAGUGGGUUUGCCCGUGUUUAGCAAUAUUUCAAUUAUUUUGACUCAUGUUCAAACUGUUCUAUCUCUGCAGGGAAAGGCCACAUCAAGAAACUGGCUGAACAGAUAGUUUAUUUAGCCUUUUCUCUCUUUGUAUCUCUCAUUUCAUAAUCCAUAAACAUUUUAAUGAAUGAAUAUUUUCAUUUUAAAAA